CUAGCCUUGGCAUAACAAAUGUUUAAGACCCCUGGCUUAAACAAAACAGUGGACGAUGACGCUUAAGCCGUGACAUGAAGUAGCUGGUUGACUUUAUAAAGCAAACUCUCAGUGCUUAAAAAGGUAACCUUGAUGCAACAUUUAGCCAAGGCUAAGAUUUUCCAUUGGCUUGCCAUGAAUGACUUGAUGACCAACAGUGAAUUGUAAUCCAAUGAGGUAUUUGGUUAGGGACAGAAGCCCUCCUGAACUCAUUGCCUCUACACUUGAACUGCCUCUGCCACCGGGGCUGUGGUAGUAGUUAUGAUAGUAGCCCAUCUUAAAAGUGAAAUUGGUGCACCUUAGAGAACAACACGGUUGACAAUAUGUAUCUAUAUUCUACCCUAACAUAAAAUGCACAGGGGUUCUACAUGUGAGCCGUGUGUCUGCUCUGUGUUAACCUUUGUCCACAGAUACAUGAUAGCCUUUACACACAUGCAUUGGCACACCCCCAUACAGUACACACACAUACAAACAUACAUUCUUUUAGUGUUGUGUCAUAGGUAAAUAUCCCUUCUAGGUAGUAGUAAAGUGGACAGUGUGUUACUCCAGUUGGAGUUUGGCAUUUUCCCAUUCUUCUCUAUGCUGCAUGCCCAGGCAAAGAGCUAAAGCUAUGGCUAUCUGGCCCUGAUACUAUGGGUCUAUAUAUAGAGAAGCCCUGUGACUGAGCUGGCUCUAAGUGUCAGAUUCCAGGGGCACUCAUCUGUCCUGGCUGGAUCAGCACCUGCUUCUAACUAUAAACCCACCCCCCAACACCGCACCCCCAGACUGGCUCACUGUGUAGAGCAAAUGCCCAACCAAACCCUGGUCUGAGAGGAGAAGAAAAAAGAUCCAGGUCAGAAUGAGUAACUGCUUAUACCGAAGCCAGCUCCAAUGGGAGGGGCAGAAAUAGAGAUGGGAGCACUGGAGGAUGUAAUUCGUCUGAGCAAGAUACCUAUGUACAGUUUUCUUCUGCGAGUCUGAUACAUGGCAGUGCGGCACUGCCAGACAGAGCUGUACGGAGCCGCUCAGUCCGGGAUUCAGCAGCUACACAGGAUUGUUGUAAGUUGCAAGUGUGUUGAUGAUUUUGACUGGAUGACAGGCAGAUUUUGCAACACGGUGGAACUCAAUGCUCCCAGGAACUCUUCAGGAUUGGCCAAAGCCCAGGAGGACAGCCCAAAGGACUCUGAAGGAGUGGACGGGACUGGCCGCCGAGAGAAUUUUGAACUUGUGGAGUAGCAAUGGACAGCUGGACUCUCCAGGGGGACAGCUACUCCUUCCUGCGCAGCGCGCCACGCACAUUUUCCCUGUGCCAUCGUGACGGCACCCCGAACCACGUUGAAAUAUUUGACAUCAUCAACGUCCCUGCUCAGCACAGCAGCAUCUCUGAAACCACCUGCCUGUGUGACAUUUUUGGUGACGAGGGUGAUUCACCUUCACUGUCAAGCAGUCCUGCCGUUGGGACUUUUGUCCAUCCACACACAGACGUGGACGGAACAGCGUCGGGAGCAUCCCUGGUGGAUGAUUUAAACGACUCUUCAGGGUCUUAUCACACAGCACCAGGCUCAAGUGAAGGAGAAGAGGGAUUUGACGAUUCGCUACAAAGGCUUCAAAGCCCCCCAUUGCAGAACUCAUCUUCAGAGGGGCGUCAGUCAGAGCGUGAGGGUGUGACUUUGGAGCAACCAGACUCUUUUGAGGAGACUAGGCCAAACACAGACAGAAAAAGCACAUCACCGGUUCUUGCCUUUGGUGCAGCAAGUUCACCUGGUGAGAGGAUCUCCUCUCCAGCACGUAGUCGUCUCUGUACCCCCAGACCAAGGGAAGGAACUUCACCAGUAUCUUCUCUCUCAGCUGAAGAACGUCAUUCACCCGCAUCGUCUGACUCAAGACGAUCUCACUCAGAAGCUGACUUUGAGAGACUAACCCCUGUUUCCGAAGGUCAACAUAAUAGCCACUCAUAUCAAGCAUUAACUCCAAGCCCCAUUUCUGACUCUAGUAAGCGUAUCAGUUCAUCCUCUACUGAGUCAGUGAACACUCGAUUGACACCUGAAAUCAGGUUGGCACAAAACUCACCUCAGCCAAGGAGCUGUAACUUUAGCAGUGCUUCCCCUGAAUUGCCAUCCAAAGAUAUCGCUAUAGAAUUUCCAGAAUCUACAUUUCAAUCUAGAGAUACUGUUUCAUCUCCUCUUUAUUCAGAAUUUAGUAAAGAGUUAUCGUUCAGUUCCAGAGAGGCUUCAGUCUCCCCUGAGCUGAAGAACAGGCCCACUUCCUGUAAUACUCAAGCAUCAUCCCCCUUCUCUGAGCUAAGAGGGAGGGUCUCUCUACCUGACCUUUUAAGCAGAGGCUCCACACCCAGUAUUGAGGAGUCUCACUCUUCCCCAGAGCCAAUUUCAACACAUUGUCAAGCAGGAAUAGACAUUACUCCUAUAUCUACCCCUGAUAGCAAAAGCACAAGCCUAUCAGUAGAGGCAGGCAGUACACUCUCCUCACCUGCUCCACGAUACACCCCUCCCUCACCAGUCAUUUUGAUAGCAUCUUCCCCUGGGAUUGUGGAAAUCAGUGUUUCACCUAAAUUAUCAAACAGAGAUCCGUCACCUGGCCUGUUAAGUGCUCCUUCUCCAGUUCAUAGUAGAAAUCCUUCCCCGAGCCCCUCGCCUAAAUUGAGGCACAUUUCAACUCCAACUGAAAUUAACACCCAGGCGUUCUCACCUGUUGCCUCUUAUAGUCUAUCUCCAUCACCUGAGUUUAGGAGGGACUGCUCACCCUUGGAGCACAGACAUACUGCACCCUCACCUGAAAUCAGGAUUACAACAUCCUCCCCUGAGCCCCAGAUUGACGUUGCCUCCUCCAGAAGCCCGACUUCAUCCCCUCACAUCACAGGGUUUUCUUACACAGUUGUUCAGCCAGAGGAAAGGGUCUCUCCUGCCUUUUUGCACCCCUCACGUCUCUCCACUCCAGACUCUGAUAGAAGUGAAUCAAAGAGUCCAACCCAAAUCAGUGUGAGUCACCGUAGCAGCACAGCAGAGUCUACUGGUACACCACGGGAAUCUCCACAAGUAUCAGAGUUCACAAGCUGUGACCUACAGCCUGAAAUAUCUGUGUCGUAUUCAACACGAUACCAAACACCUUCGCCUCAGACAAAGCAGCAGACUCCCUCUCCCCAACCUAGAUACCAAACCACUUCACCUCUUCUGCCUCAAAGUCCUACACCACAAUACCAGACAAGCCCAGUCCGCUCACCCAUUUCUCAAUCUCCGAAAAGGAACUCACCUGCCUCCCCCACUACAGAGUACUGCCCUGAGAAAUCAAAGCCUCCUUCUCUCACUGUUAUAACUGAAGUUGACAAGUAUUUAUUUUCAGCUGAGGUUCAACACGUGUCACCAUCAAUUGAAUCAGAGAGUGGAGACAAGUCUUGUCAUACUGAAAUUAUAAGCACCUCCUCACCAAUUUCCAUCGGUUCCCCCAUUUUGACCUCACCGUUUAAGACUGAGGAAAAGGGUGAAAUCUUGUCACAACAGCAAAGCACAGGAAAAGAGGUUUUUCUAGAGACAAAACAAGUAAACAUUCAGGAUAACUUUUGUUUGCCUGAUACGACACAAGACUUCGCUCAUACUUGUUUUCAGAAACAGGUCAUUUGUAGGAAUCCCCCUGUUAAAAUCACCUCUCUUUCCCCUACCAUCCCUAACAACAGAAGUCCGGCUAUUUCACCUCUCCAGAAGACUUUGAGUUCCUCACCGUUGCAGGAAAAAACACAGCCGGAGUUCAUAGGUGUUUUGCCAGCUUCUGAAAGCAACAGAUCAUUGAAAGUUGCUUGCACACCUGAGAGCUCGAGAAGAAAUUUGUCCAACAAAGUUAGUUGUGACAGCGAAGAGAGUUUCACCUCAAACAUGGCCUACCAUGCCCACAGAAGGAGGACUCCCUCACCCCCACUCACCAGGUUUACGCCUGUCCACAUUUUAGCCCCAGAGAAACCCUAUAGACACUGGCAGAACAGAAGUCACAGCCCGGCUCAGGCUGAAACAUCCCCGCUAAGUGGAAAUUUGAAUACUUCAGUGACAAACAGGGAAAGCCCCAACGUUGCCCCAGUUAAAAUAAAUAAUCAGGCCCACUGUGUUGAAGAGCAACUGGAGAUGAACAGGGAAAUGCAGCUGGAAGAAGAGAGGGAGUUAAAUAGGGUGAGGCAAAGGAAUAGAGAGAUGGUGAGAGGAAGAAAUAAGGAGGAGCAGGCUCCAACAAAACGGGAGGGGUGGCAGAGGGACGCCAGUUACAGAGGGGAACAGGUUGAGCUGUCAUUCAUUUCCAGGAAUAGAAAAGGGCCUGUGAGUCGCGGUGCAGCUCCCCCAAGCAAAGAGACCCGUCAGGGGCUGCCAACAGUGCAAUCUUAUUCAGAAGGCUUGUUUGCCACCAGACCGCUCCAGCAACAACAAACUCUUCAGAGACUACCUUCCCAGCAAGACAGCAGGGGGGAUGGUCCUAGCAGGCACCGCAAACCUCCCGCACACCAGAGCAAAAAGAGUACGUCUGGAAACACGGCGGCAAGCAGGCCGUGCCGAAGCUCCAGCUCCAGCAUGGGAAGUGAACUAGAUGAUGCAGAUCACGAGGUGAAGUGGUUUACAGAUGUGGCUUACAGUAGCUUGUCAAGCCCUGAGCUUGAUUAUCUUGAUAUGUAUAGCUCCAGUCACCCUUCAUCAACCAACAUUUCUCAGCCAUCGACCCAGGGGAGCCCUGCUGGGGCCAGUGCAGGAUGGAAAGCUUAUGCUGACUUUAAGGGUUCAACCUCGAAGUUGGACAAUGAUGAUGUCCCUUUCCAUCAGUCAUCGUCAUACCAUUCUGACGGCCUAGAUCCUUUAAGGCGUUAUGAGAUGGGCAGCUUUGAGUGUGUUGAUGUGGCCUUGGAAAGAGAGGACUCGAGGAGAGUGCGAAGAGGAGUUCCAAAGAGAGAGAUUCAACUGAAGAGAAAGAAUAAUGGUGAAGGGAAACAUGAUGAAAGCAGUGAAAACAGUAGUCCUGCAGUGUUGCAGGAGAGCCCCACCAUGGAGACUCACAUCAGAGAGACACUGGUGAGACAACACAGCACACCUGCUGCAACAGAGGAACGCGUCCCUGCUGAAUGUACCCUUGAACCAAGUAAAGAAAAUGAAACUAAGUCGAAGCUGCAGAAAUCCAUGUCUCUGGAUGAAACAAGCUCCAAAACAAAGAUGGCCACUUGUCUCAUUAAGAAUGUUUUGUCAAAGAAGAUGCAAAGUGUGGACAAAGAAUCUGGAGAAGAAGCAGAAGAAGAGAGCUCUGCACUUGAAGAAAUCAGCGCCGCAACUGAGAGCACGGUGCCACCACUGAAAGUGUCACCAAAACCUGAAAGCUCUACUCCUCAGUCAGAUUACGGUUUUCUAUCUGAGAGACAUCCUGCGAGAGAUGAACCAAUCAGGAAGGAUAACGUCAAAUCACCCAGAAGUUUUGGAGCGCCACCCACUCACAGGCCAAGCUCAUCCAGCAGCAGCAAAAGUGUCACAUUUUCACAGAGUGACAGUGAAGAGCUUGAGUAUCAGAGCAGAAGUGCGAUUUCUCUACGGUCAGAAAUGAGAUCGGAACUAAAAGUUCCACUCGACAGUAAACAGGCCAGGACUGGAGUACGACGAGCAGAUGGCUUCAGAAACUGGGACGAACAGGAGGCAGGUGACUCAGCAGAUGCCACUGCUGGGAACACAGAAGCUUCUUCUGCCACUAGAGCCAGCAUUAGCCCAGCCAGGAUGACAAACAGAGACCAGGAAUGUGAAAACACAGGGAACCGCAAACCUCCACAGCAGGAAGACACGAAUGCCUACACAUCCAGCCCAGAGGCCACUGCACCCAGAUCUGUUGAGAAAAAGAAAGCUUCAUUAAAUGUCCGUCUCACACCGGAGGCAGAAAACAAACCUGAGGCUUCACCUCCAGCUACAUGUCCCACAGAGAAGCAGGAAACAGUAGCAACCACAGUGAAUGUGAAUACGGUUGAAGAGAACGGAAAUGGCUAUAAUAAUAAAGUCAAAGCUCCCAUUCACAGAGUCAGAGAUGUCAGACAGCUGGUAAAGAAUACGUACAAUUUGUCCUUUAAAACUCCUACUGUUGUGAUGACAUCAGACGGAAAUGAACCAAUGUUGCCAACUUUUAACAAACUGGGAAGAGACAUAAAAGAGGAAAGAGGGCUUGAGGUUUCUCAACGUAACCAGAAGGAAGAGGAAACUCAAACGAGGGCAGAGGAGAGGAGUGGCAAAAAGGAAAAAGAUUAUGGAUUAGACAGGGACGAAAAGCGACAAGCUGUGGUGGAAGAACCCCAGGUGUUGUCGUCGCCAACAUUGUUGCAAAGUAAAGCUAAGCCUCAUUCACAACCGAUGCAAAUAGAAUACAAGGCAGUUUGCUGGAAGGAUGACAAAAAUAAAACGUCAACCAACAAGACUGAAAACAAAAGUGAGAAACUACAGGCUUCUCCAGAGAGUAAAGGAGAAUUCACAGAUAUACAGAAUGAUGCCGCAGGAUAUGACGAGCCACGUCAGCACCAGCCAAAGAAAGCUGCGGAGACGCAGGAGCCUCUGAUAGAAAUGCAUAAAAUAUCAGAUAAAGAGAACAGGCCUGGAGUUGGAGCAGUAGACAGAAAACCUCCCAUGCUUGGAUGUCUCCCCAAAGUACCCAGUAAGGACAGAGAGGUGUCCACUGCUGUCAUGUUGAUAAGGGAUGGAUCCAACAGGACUAAGAUACGUACAUCACCUGCCCAGGAAGAGGUGUUAAGCCCAGAACAAACCCCUGGUUUUUCACGUUCACCUGGACCUACCACUGACCUCAGUGGCCUUGAGGACAGUGGCCACGCUGUUUCAAUGUUAUUGAAGGAGAAAGGCUAUCAAGCUGAUAUUGGAGCAGUGGUGAGUAAUGGACAAAACUCAAUCAGAGGGAAUGGGCCCACGCGUAAACAUGUAAACUACCUGGAGAUCCCGCUACAAACGCCGCUGCACUCAGAGGGUGGGCUGAGUGAACCUCAGAGACAGAGGACGUUCUCCUCAUCAUCCACUGCGUCAGGUCCGUCGUUAGUAUCAGAAAACACAACCACCAUUACCGCAACAACCGCAGAGCCUGAAGACAAUGACGUUAAACCUCCAACUGACACAGCUAUAGAGGAAACCGCACCUUCACGGGCAGAUGUACCGAGGCAAAUGCUGACCCUCGCUGCACAAAAGGAGGAAAAAGGUGGAGAUUUUGAAGCUGUGAAAAGAUUGGAUCCAACUUUUCCACUGAGGUCCCCAGCCAUAAGGAGAUUAAGAAACCAGCCAACUGAAGUGAAACCGCCCUGUAAAGAAACGCCCAAAGAAGAGACUCCUGUUAAUGUGACAGGAAUCCACAGGCCUCAAACAAUAGAAGUCAAAUCUGUGGCUAAAAAUUCUCAAAAACCAGUGGUGCCCCCAAAACCAAGCUGCAAAUUCAAAAUAGCAGAAUUAGGAGCGGUGCCGAAUGAAGCUCAAAGAAUAUCGGCAACAACGUCAGCGAUGAAACCACUGCUUGACGAAAGGUCACAAACUAUUGUGGUGUCCUCGCCAACUAUUUACAGGAAAAUCUCAAAUGAGUCCAAUUCAAAUUACACAAGAAAACUAGCCGUGUCUACGAUGACCGCCCUCAAACCUCCCCAUGGCAAAACAACAGCAGCGACCGGUUCCAGUAUCUCAAACCGGCCAACAUCCUCACCGGAGCCAGAGGCUAACACUGACAGAGGAGGACAACAACAACAACAACAACAACAACAACAACGCGCUGCCUCACCUGUAAUAUCCAGAUAUACGCAGAGACCAAUAACCUUAGUCCCAGCAUCAGCCACUUCUGACGGUGUGACCCCAGUUUCAGCUCCAAUUUCUGGCCACUUAGCAAGCCAGAGUCCCGAACCCUCCACUGCUGAAGCCACUAGACCACACCACCGUGCUGCUGACGAUCCAAACACUGAGCCACCAGUUCAACCCAGGACGGCGAGCUCUCUUGAACAAGCUGUGCCUGCACCUGCAAACACUACAAACCAACCAGCUGCUGUGCCCACAACACAAGCACCAGCAUACACACCGCAGACUUACAGCAGAUCACUGUCUAGCGAGCGCCCCCCCAGGGGAGAUGACAUGCAUUUUUAUGCCUCGGAUGACCCCCCCAGCUACGAUGAAAGGGAGAGUUUCAGCCCUCUCAUGCUUCCAGAUUUGACCCACAGGAGGCCAAAUCGCUACCAGCCCUCGUCUCGACCUCCUCCCUGCCCCUGCACAGCCACCUGCCCUACGCACCCCGGUCACACCCCUCCUCACCAUCACCGCAGCCCCCAUACCCUCACUCCCCCUGCUCCUGCACACUCUCCAGGACAGGGACUGCCAUUCUCGUUGCCUCAGCCCCCACUCCGUCCACAUCAGUUCAGACCGGACCCUCAGCCCUUGAGCUACCGACCUAUUUCUCCUAAAUCAAGUACUCUUGGUCCAAACCAACCACCGGGCUUGUACCAACCCCCUCCAUGCCCUCCUCAUCACUCCUUAAUGCAGGGCUGCGCUGCCGAAAGACCACUGCAGCCACAGCAGCAUAUGGACCCUCGAAGGAACCCUGGACCCCACAGAUCACCUCAGCAACAGCCACCAGGCUUGGCUGCAGCAGCGUACAGUGACCCUGCCCACAGCCACUCUCCUGGACUUCCUCCUAUGGAUCCCCAGUACAUGUGUGGCCCUCAGAGCCUGGGGCCUUCAUACGGGUCUGAAUAUGGCGGCGACAGUGCUAGUGUGUACUCGGAGAGCAGCUAUGGACAAACACCUCGAAGAGUGCUCCUGGACCCCGAGACGGGGAAGUAUUUUUACAUUGAGGUUCCUGUGCAGCCUCUGAGGAAGAUGCUGUAUGACCCGGAGACCGGCCAGUACGUGGAAGUUCUCAUCCCACAGCAAGCCGUGUCCCAUUCAGGCCUGUAUCCUCCUUCUGCAGCUCCUUAUCCAUCUCUUCACAACCCAAAUAUGUAUGCCCCUGCUCCUCAGUACAUGCCCUAUACAGCUCCUCCUCCUGCACCUGCUCCUCCUCCUCCUGCUCCUGCAGCCCAUAGCCAACAUCAGCCCCAGCCCCCUCGAUACACUGAGGCGUCUGGCGAAGCAACGCUACACCCCAGUGGGUCUGGAGCCAGCUACAGAAAUCACACUGGUCCGAGGUCUAAGCCAGAACUCCAGAGCCACCCACAGUUGGACCAGAGUUACCUGGAGAGCAUGUAUUAUGUCCCUACAGGGAUGAAUGCAAGCCCCAAUCCCACCCCGCCAGAAUAUUACCACAAACAACCCCCCAACCUACCCCCAACGGGGAGGAAAAGGUCCUGAAAUAGAGGAUAGAGACCGCCUUCCUGGAGCCUGUUGGGUUUUAAAUACACAGUGUAUAAAAAAGGGUGUGUAAUGUUAGCCUGAGCUGCAACUGAAGAUGGGAUUCUUUAGUCUUUGUUUAUUUUCUGCUGCUUCUUGUAUGCUAGGCUGCUUUAAGUGACGGCUUUUGAAAAAAAAAAAAACCCAUAACAUAGCAUUAUUUUCCAUGAAUUGUUUAUGAUAUAAUUGUCUGCUUAAAUAAUGAUGGGUUGUUGUUUGUUUUUUGUUUUUUUUGAUACAAAGCAAGAACAUCACACUGAAUGUCACCACUCUGCACAGACGGUAUUCAUAUCUAAGUUUACUAAUUUAAUGAUUUGUGUACUUUAAUAACAGCUGCCUAAAAGACUUGAAAAUACUUGGUUAAAAGAACCUCAUAUUUAUUUUGUUAAUGUUUUUUUCUCUAACAUUGUUUGAGUGAGUUUUUGCACAUGAUGUCUGCAGUAAAAAUGGCAAUAAAAUGUUGUUA